AUGGGUAGUCCAGAAUACGGCAUCAAAUUGGAGGGCGGUGACAACGUUAUCGAAUGUUCGGCACUCACUGGCGCACAGCUCUCUAUGAAAUUCUCAUACAAUCCGGCUACGAAGAAUAUAAGGAUACCUGGAGAAGAGAACAUUCGCUCAUCGUAUUUCCAAAACGAGGUCGCAAAGUUUAGCGAUGGAGUGCUGUACUGCUCUGCUGUCGUGACGGUUAGCGGCUGGACGGAAAACACCGAGGUCCAUCGAACAUCUAACCUGAUCGGAAUCGCUUUAAAUGUGUCAUCGUUCAUCUGUAUUCUCACCGCCAACAAUUGGGAAUGGACUGGGCCAGGCUCUCAAUCGAGUAAAUGGGGCAAGACCCACUCGAUGAUUGGCAUUUUCGCUCUCUGCUUGGCAUGGCUUCAACCAUUUGUGAGCGCUAUGAGGUGCAACCCGGGCCAUCCACGACGACCAUACUUCAACUGGGCCCAUCGCUGUAUCGGAAUAACUGCUAUGAUACUGGCUACAACUGCGAUUUGCAUCGCUGCCGACCACUUCCUCUCCAUAUGGCCUCAUCGUUUUGCUCAACUGACGCUAUCUCUGAUGCCGUUGGUAGUGCUCAUCGUGCUCAGUGCUAUUUUCGCACCCCUUGAUAAACUCGUAGAGGUGAACGAGUUGAACUUCGAGAAGAUCAACCGAAUUCGUGUCAUGCUGGUAGCUGUUGGCGUUCUAGCAAUGGCUGCAAUUACGAUAACCUUAUCCAUAUUUAUUGGUAUUGGAGCAUAA